CGUUGCCAGCCCCGACCUGGGUCAACUGAGACAGUCUUAUGGUGUCGUUUUGCUCAGAGGUCAACCAAGGACGAAGCCCAUACGAUGUCCUCACGCACUCCCUCCCCCCACUUCGAUUCCAUCGACGCGCUGAUCGACCACCUUCUCGCCGACCCGCAGCGCGAGGCAGUCGCAGCAGAAAUAGGCGCACUCCGCUCAAUCUACGGGGAUGACGCCGUGAGCCUGUGGCGCCUUCCUGAAAGCAGCGAAUAUGCCUCAGGCAAUGGAACCAGGAAUCAAGAAGCCAAGGGGACUAUCAGAUAUGAGGUGGCUACAACCGUCUCACCACCGUCCGACCCAUCCACCGAUCAUCCUCUCACUCUCCUCGUCUCCGUCCCCACAACCUAUCCCGAAUCAUCCGCUCCGCAAUUACAGUUGCUUUCGCGGUACAUAGGCUCCUAUGGCGUCGACGCAGCGCUUUUCGGAGCCGUCCUGCGCACAUACAUCUCACGCGAUGGCGUGGAGUGGACAGAAGGAGGUGUAUGUGUGUUUGACGGUGUGGAAUGGGUGCGCGAGCACUGCGUGCAAUGGCUGGGCGAGAAAAUGACGCAGGCGAAGGUGGACGAGAUCACGAGGGAAGAUGAGAAAGCUACAACGCCAGAGAGCAAAACGCCCGAAGCGUUAGAAUCCGUAGAGAAGAGCCAACAACAAGAUUCACGACCGGAGACUGAAGUUCACAUGCCCGAAGGAGUUGAAAUUGUUGUUGCUGAGCCCAUAUUGGACAGAAAGAGCGUAUUUAUCGGUCGUGCUUGUAGCAUAACCCACCCAUCUCAGGUACCGCAAAUACUUGCACACCUGGUGGCAGAUCGUCGAAUCGCCCGUGCUGCUCACCCAAUUAUAAACGCCUGGCGGUGUAGAGUAGGAGACAAUAUGCAUCAAGACAAUGACGACGACGGUGAGACUGCCGCUGGCGGACGUCUUGCCCACCUAUUGCAAAUUCUGGAAGUCGAAAACGUGCUCGUUAUUGUCACUCGCUACUAUGGCGGCAUCCACCUAGGGCCCGACCGUUUCAAGCACAUCAAUCAGGCUGCGCGAAACGCGCUCGAGCUUGGCGGCUUUCUUGAUGCACCUGGUGCAGAAGCGCACAAUAGUGGACGAAAGAAGGGAAAAAGUACUCGGACGAAGAAAUAGCGCAAUUAAUGAGACUCGCUUGGAUAUAUUUACUGCAAUGCUGUUUGAUUUAAAGUGCUCUGCG